CGCGGUCGCUUUAUCAUUUAUCUGUCACCGUCUAUAACCUUCCCUUUAUACUCAUCUCUCAGUUUCAAAACAAUUCGAACUCAAACAGCUUCUUUUCUGCUCUGACUAAUAACACUAAGGCAUAGAUUCAUUAGGGUUUCAAUGGAUUCAGCUCCCACAUCCACUCUCCUUCCGUUACUCCUACUCUCUCUUCUCCUCGUCCCCUCCUCGAUUCCACUCGCAACCUCCCAACCCGCCGCCGAUACCAACCCAUCUCCCCCUUCCGAUUCCGAUCUAUGCAACGGCGUCUUCGUCUCCUACACACACACCAAAGGAUCCAAGAUCCCGCCCAACGACUCCGCGGACCAGCCUUACCGCUUCGAAUCCGUGGUCACCGUGCUCAACAACGGCCGCGACGAGCUCAAAUCGUGGCGCGUCUUCGUCAAGUUCGCCCACCGCGAGAUCCUCGUCUCCGCCUCCAACGCCGUCCUCUCCGACGGCUCCAGCCUGCCGCUGAGCGUGGAGAACGGCACCGUUUUCGCCGGGUAUCCCUCGUCGGACUUGAAGUCGGCUAUUCAGACGGCGGGUGAUGUGACUCAGAUGCAAGCGAGCGUGGAGCUCGUCGGGACGCAGUUCGGUGUGGCGCCGCCGGGUGUGCCGCUUCCGAAGAACAUCUCUCUUGUUACUGAUGGGUGGAAGUGUCCUAAAGCCACCCAGAAAGGUAAAAAUGUGCUGCAAGUAUGUUGCAUGCCGGAUCCAAGUUUUAAUAACACAGAGAUCAUUGAUAACGAGUUCCUUCCCCGGCAAAAUGGAGAUCUCACUAUCAUGUACGAUGUGAUCAGAUCAUAUUCAUCGAACUACAUGGCACAAGUCACAAUGGAGAACCAUAGCCCGCUUGGCAGGCUAGAUAACUGGAAACUGAGCUUUGACUGGAUGCGGGACGAGUUUAUCGACACCAUGACAGGGGCUUACCCGAGUCUUGUUGACUCAUCUGACUGUAUUGAUGGCCCACAGGCCAAGUACUAUCAAGCUCUUGACUUCUCCAACGUGUUAAGCUGUGCAAGACGGCCAACCAUCAUAGAUCUCCCCCUUACGAAGUAUAAUGACUCUACCUUCGGGUUUAAACCAUAUUGCUGCAGAAACGGGACUAUUCUGCCAAAGUCCAUGGAUCCUAGCAAGUCCAUCUCCGCUUUCCAGAUGCAGGUGUACAAAAUGCCUCCGGAUCUUAACAUUUCUGCUCUUUCACCUCCUCAGAACUGGCGGAUCAGCGGUUCACUUAACCCGGAUUACAAGUGUGGCCCUCCUGUUCGAGUGAGCCCAAGCCAGUUCGUCGAUCCUAGUGGAUUACCAUCAAACAAGACAGCUUUUGCGAGCUGGCAAGUGGUCUGCAACAUCACUCAACAGAAGAACACGAGUCCUAGGUGCUGUGUAUCGUUCUCUGCCUACUUCAACGACUCCAUCAUCCCGUGCAAGACUUGCGCUUGUGGAUGUUCCAGCAGCAGAGCUUCUCGCACUUGUAGCACAACCUCCCCAGCGCUUCUUCUACCCCAGCAAGCUCUUCUGGUCCCUUUUGAGAACCGAACUGAACUCACACUCGCUUGGUCUUAUCUAAAACACCGUCCUGUCCCAAACCCAAUGCCUUGUGGGGACAACUGUGGAGUGAGCAUCAACUGGCAUUUGGCUACAGACUACAGAGGAGGAUGGACAGCCCGGGUCACAAUCUUUAACUGGGGAGAGACAAACUUUCCAGAUUGGUUCACAGCUAUUCAGAUGAAAAAUGCCGCCCCAGGUUUCGAGAAAGCCUACUCGUUCAACGCAACUGCACUUGAUAUUAACGGGGAGAACAACACUAUUUUCAUGGAAGGUCUACCUGGCUUGAACUAUCUUGUAGCGGAAAGAGACGGAGACAAUCCGCUAAAGAACCCUCGUGUUCCAGGGAAACAACAGUCUGUUAUUUCCUUCACUAAGAAACUGACUCCUGGGAUCAAUGUCCCUGGCGGAGACGGCUUCCCGAGCAAAGUGUUCUUCAACGGUGAGGAGUGUUCGCUACCAUCUUUACUCCCAACGAGCAACAGCAACAAACGGCGACACAUCUCUGCUAUCCUCUUGGCAUUACCGGUUUUGGCACUCUUGAUUUUGCGGGUGUAAGUAGUAGCAGCGGAGCCUCCCGUAGUACGUGUUGGUGAUACGGUUUCUUGAAUGUUUACCAGAUAACAAGCCAGUUCCCAAGGGUUCCCCGAUGGAGAAUCAAUCAAUUCUUUAUCAGCAAUCAAUAUGAUGAGUGUUGGAAGAAGCUUUUAUAUAGGUAAUAUGAACUGAAGAUAUGUGUUUACAAGUCUCUUGUUUCUGAUUAGUAAUCAUAUGUACACUAUUUUUGUUACUCUCUCUGUCAUUGAUUUGUUCCUUCUUUCCUCCAAA